AUGUCGGCCCUUCGUGCUGCUGGCGCGUCCCGGCCUGGCAUGGUCCAGACGCUCCGGGCUGCCAUGACCAAGCGUUCCUUUAACACCGCCGGUGCCAUGCGCAUGGGUGCUGCCAAGUCAUUCCACAAGGACGAACCCGCUGCCCCCAUCCUAAAGACCAGUAUUCCAGGCCCCAAGGCUGCCGAGGCCGUCAAGGAGCUCGACGAAGUCUUCGAGACUCGCAGCAUCAACAUGAUGACCGACUACACUCAGAGUGUGGGCAACUACAUUGCCGAUCCUGACGGCAACAUGCUUCUGGAUGUUUAUGCUCAGAUUGCCUCCAUUCCAGUGGGGUACAACAAUCCCGAGCUCCGAAAGGUUGCUCAGACCCCGGAGAUGGUUGAUGCCAUCAUCAAUCGUCCCGCGUUGGGUAACUUUCCCUCCCACACAUGGGCCAACAUCUUGAAGACUGGUAUCCUGAAGGUUGCUCCCAAGGGCCUUAACAACGUCUACACCGCCAUGGCCGGUUCCGAUGCCAACGAAAUUGCCUACAAGGCUGCCUUCAUGUAUAAGCGACAAGUGGAACGAGGUGGCCCUGAAGUUGACUUCACUCCCCAAGAAAUUGAGAGUGCAAUGAAGAACCAGGCCCCCGGCUCCGCGCAGCUUUCUAUCUUGUCUUUCAAGACUAGCUUUCACGGCCGUUUGUUUGGUUGCCUGUCUACCACUCGCUCCAAGGCCAUCCACAAGCUUGACAUUCCUGCCUUUGACUGGCCCCAGGCGACUUUCCCCCAGCUCAAGUACCCACUUGACCAGCACGCCGAGGAGAACGCAAGGGCUGAACAGGCCAGCCUUGAAGAGGUUGAGCACUUGAUCAAGACCUGGCACCUGCCUCCGGCUGCCGUUGUUAUUGAGCCUAUUCAGAGUGAGGGCGGCGACAACCACGCCAGUCCGGAAUUUUUCCAGAAGCUCCGCGCCUUGACCCGCAAGCACAACGUUCUGCUCAUUGUCGAUGAGGUCCAGACUGGCGUCGGUGCUACCGGUAAGUUCUGGGCUCAUGAGCACUGGAACCUCCAGGACCCUCCCGACAUGGUUACCUUCUCCAAGAAGGCCCAGACUGCUGGUUACUACUACCGGUCCAAGGACUUGCGCCCCAACAAGCCUUACCGCCAGUUCAACACCUGGAUGGGUGAUCCAUCCAAGGCCUUGCUUUUCCGUGGCAUCAUCAGCGAAAUUGAGCGCCUCGAUCUCGUGAACCAUACCGCCAAGGUCGGCAACUAUUUAUACGGCAAGCUUGAGGGUCUUGCUAGCAAGUACCCCGAUCAAUUCCAGAACCUCCGCGGUAAGGGCCAGGGUACCUUCAUCGCUUUCGACAACCCCAAACGCGAUGAGUUCCUCGUCAAGGCCAAGAGCUUUGGAAUCAACAUUGGUGGCAGCGGUGCCAAUGCCGUUCGUCUUCGCCCCAUGCUGACCUUCCAGGAACAUCAUGCCGAUAUUCUCAUUGAGGCUCUUGAGAAGAUUGUCAAGGCUUUGUAA